UACCUUCAAAUGCACGCUGAAUCCCACCUUUCUGCAACCUGAUAUUCAACUUCCAACAAUUUUGCUUCCAAUAUUGUAUUAGAUCUCGUUUAGAUUCCUUGUGUACCGUAAGUACUGUUGAAUUUCGGGAAAAAGAGAAAACCUUUUUCACUCAAAAAGCUCAUUUCAAUCCACUCUCGAACUCGGGAAAGAGGAAGAAGAAAUGGAAGGUAAUCAGGAUCUGCAUAAAGAAGGCGAAGAAUCUCCUAAACAGGAAGAAGAACGAAAGGAGGAACCGCCAAAGGCUACGGGAGGAGGAUGGGGUUGGGGUUUUUCUGCUCUAUCUGUUCUCUCAGAUCUUCAAAAGGCCGCGGAAGAGAUCUCUCGCAAUGCUGUUGUGGUUGCAGAGAAGGCAGCAAAGAGCAUUUCAGACAUCCAAAACACAGCUGAGGAUGAAGAAUCUUCUGAGGGUGAAGAUGCUGAGGAACCUGCUACUGAAAAAGUUAGCGAUGGUGAGAAAGAGAAGUUGCGAAAGUCUGCUUUGGACAAACUGGAGAAUGUGAGUGAGGACACCUUACUUGGUCAGGGUUUAAAGGCUCUUGACAAUUCUGUUGAGAACUUCGCUUCUGGGGCCUGGCAGGCAUUCGGCAAUGCGUUGAGAGGGGGUUCAAAUUUGGUCCAGAAGCUUGAGCAUUCUGCCAUGAACUUUGCAGAAUCUAUCCAGAAUGAAGGUUUACCAGCGGCAGCUGGAUCUGUUGCACCAUCCAUAUUAGAGACUGGAAAAGCAUUUACAGCAAAGGGAAUGCAAGUGCUUGAACUUGUAGGCAAGGAGACUAUGGAUUUACUGAUCUCAGAGACGGGUAUUGAAGUUGAGAAGAAUCAGAAGAAUACUGAAUCACUAGAUGAUGAGGACCAGUUAUAUGAGGAAGUGACUUUUGAUCGAUGCUUUUAUAUAUAUGGUGGUCCAGAACAGUUGGAGGAAUUGGAGGCAUUGUCUAAUCAUUAUGCCUUGUUAUUUAACCGAAGGAAAGCGAAAAUGUCUUCAGAACAAAAGUCUAUGUAUGAUGGAAAACUUAAACAAAUCCAGAGCAUCUUUAGUUUUGGCACUGAAGUGGAUGGGAUCGCUGUGGAGUCAGUUAAAGGAAAGAAAAUAGAGACUGAAACUGAAGGGAGUGACCAGGAAAUGAAGACUUUACAUGAUUCAAGCGUUAACAAGGCUGCUGAUAUGGCUGCAGGGUUUACAAGUGCUUUAGCAGGACUGACUGUUAAUGAUAUGAUUCAAAGGACUGCUGGCAGGAUAGAAUCUCUUCAUUCGGAGGGGGUUCACAGACUUUCUGAGAUGUGCUGCUUUGCAGUGUCUCAAUUGCUGAACCUCGGUAAGUCCAUCAUAUCCCAUUCUAACAAAAUUCAGGAUGAGGAUGUGGAGUUGGUGAAGAUUGAAUGGCCCGAGGAAUCAAUUGAGAAAGCUAAGAUAAUCAGAAUGAAGGCUCAAUCAAUGACAGGAUAUGUGGAAGCAGUUUCCAAUAGUUUUAUCACAGGCAUAUCAGAUGUUGCAGAAGCUUACACAGCUGCCAUCAAAAGCGCUAGUGCUGACUCUCACGAAGGUCAUUUGCCGACAACAAUUCAGGAAAAAGCGAGUGCCUUUUCCGAGCAUCUCCAUGCAGAUCGUAGCACAGCAGUUGGAAAAAUCCAGGAUGGUCUUCAUUUCUUGUCUAAUGUUGUCCUUUCAACCUCCAUACCUACUGCUUCAAACAACUGAUCAGAUUCUUCCCCACUUCAUUUCUUGUUCUUAGUCGUCUGUAAAUAUUUGAACUUUCAUCUUGUUUUUUAAACCCUUGUCUAUGAUUUCAAAUAUUUCAUUCCAAUCUGUACCACACUCAAAAUCAAUCACCUGAAGCAGUAGGGAUUAUUUUUUAAUCAAAUCUCUUGGUUUUCUUUUUCUUUUAGAAAAAAAGAAGCCAGAUCUCAUGAUGUUAUGACAGUGUCCUACAUUACUGUUA